AGUGAAUAUAACAACAAGAAUAUUUUACAGUCGUUGUUUUUGAAAUCGAAAUUCAAUUGGAAAAUUUUAAUGCAGAUAACAAAUCAAGAGAUCAAAGAAUGUGUCGAUUUACGGGCGUGCGCUUAUACAAAUUGGUAUAAAAAAUUUCGAAAAAUUACAUUCGAAUCGAUAUGCAUUCCAUUGCCAAAAGAAAUCGUACAGUAUUUGCUCGAUGAAAUAAUUAUAUUACCAAAAGAAUGCUACAGUAAUGAUGAUGAUAAUGAGAAUGCAUUUGGACCAGACACUGCAGCCACAGCAGCUGACAAUGAAGACGAUGACGACGAUGUAAUACAACCGCAAUUUCCAGAAUUUAGUGAAACACUAGCAAAUGCAUUGUCACGACUUGACGGAUCGGUAUUCGUGAAAACCAAUUGGAAUAGCCCGAAAGAUGCAUUUUGGAUAACCGCCGGCCAGACAAUGUGCUGCAAAGAUAUCAUCGAUGUUUAUCAAUUGUUGAAAGCGUCUGGCAUUUGCAAGGAGGAUUUGUCAUGUCACAAUUUACCAAUUUUCGAUUUGGAACCAUUGGCCGAGGCUUGUAGUAGCAGUGACACUGACAGCAGUGACAGCAGCAUAAAUCAAUCCAUGGAAAAUAGUCAAUAUUUGAUAUUCAAAAAAUGGCACGACAUUCAUCCGGGCACUGAGUUUCGCUGUUUUGUGCAGAACAAACGACUGAUUGGCAUUUCGCCAAGAGAUUGGCCACAGUAUCAUGAAUAUAUUUGCACACAACGUGUUAAUAUCGUGAAUGAUAUUGUCACUACUUUCAAAGAACAUAUCGAACCAAAGUUUCCACUUUAUGAUUAUGUAUUUGAUGUAGUUCGUGAUGCCAAAGAUCGCGUUUUCCUGUUGGAUUUUUCUCCAUUUAAUGAAAAAUAUACAGAGUCAUUGGCUUUCGAAUGGAGUGAUUUGUUAGUUGAUAGCGAGAUAAGUUCAAAUGAUGACGAAGAAGAAGAUCCGGAAUUUCGAUAUCUUAGUGCCGAUUGUGGUAUUCAGCCGAAUAAACGCAAUAACUACGGUAUUCCAAAAGAUGUGAUCGACAUGUUUCGCGCAUCAUCAAGCAAUUCGAGUAAUUCAAACGAAUCUCCAAACACCCUUGACGAUGUCAUUAACAAUCGUUUAGGAAACAUAUUUCUAAAUCAACCGGAUGAAGAACAAGCUCCUGAAGCAGAAUAAUUCAUUUUUAUACGCAAUAUUCAAAUUGCAUUUUUAUUCAAAUAAAAAGUUAAAUUUUUCAUAAAAUGGAUGACAUU